AUGAUUCCAUAAGUGCAAGAAACUGAUUAUCUUUACAGCAUGCCCAAGUCAUUUUCAACACGAGCAAUUCACACAGCAUAACAUGCAGAACCUAUUCAUGGCAGCGUGAAUGUUCCCAUUCAUUUGAGUACAACUUAUAAACAGAGAGGACCUGGUUAACCUUAUUCCACAUUCGAUUAUACAAGAUGUGGUAAUCCAACAAGAGCAGCCUUGGAAGAAUGCAUAGCUGAUUUAGAGAAUAGCAAACAUUGCAUAACAUUUUCAUCUGGUUGUGCAGCAAUAUCCUGCAUCAUCAAUACUUGUAAGAAUGGUGAAUAGAUCAUUUGUUGCGAUGAUGUAGUAUAUGGUGGUACUCAAAGAUAUAUGAGAAAUUUCUCUGUUAAGAAUCAUGGAAUUGAUGUUUUGUUUGUAGAUAUCACAGAUCCUCAAAGUGUAGUCAAGACGAUCACAGAAAAGACCAAAAUAAUCUGGAUAGAAACCCCUACUAAUCCAACUCUCAAAAUUGUGGAUAUUUCAGCUGUUUGCAAAAUAGCUAAAGAGAACAAGAUAUUAACUGUAGUUGAUAACACAUUUGCUACUCCAUAUCUCUAAACUCCAAGUGAUCUGGGAGCUGACAUUAGUAUUAACUCUGGAACCAAAUAUAUGGGUGGACAUGAUGACGUCGUCUUUGGAUCUUUGACUUGCAAUGAUAAGGAAUUGUAUGACAGAUUGUACUUCUCUGCAAAAUCUUAAGGAGGCUGUCCUAGUAUCUUUGAUUGUUAUCUCAUCAUGAGAAGUUUGAAGACUUUAGAAUUGAGAGUUAAGUAAGCUACAAAGAAUGCCUAUAUCUUUGCAAAGUAUUUGGAAGGCAAUCCUUUGGUUGAGAAAGUUAUCUAUCCUGGGUUGUCCUCUCAUCCGUAACAUGAAUUGGUUAAAAGACAAUAAAGAGGAGGGGGAGCAAUGAUAAGCUUUUAUGUUAAGGGAGGUUUUGAAGAAACUAGUAAAUUGUUGAAGGCUUUGAAAAUAUUUACACUUGCUGAAUCCUUGGGAGGAGUUGAAAGUUUAAUUGAAGUACCAUCAGUUAUGACACAUGGAUCAAUACCUGUUGACGUAAGAAACUAAUUGGGGAUUACAGACAAUAUGGUUAGAGUUUCAAUUGGUAUUGAAAAUGUUGAGGAUUUGAUAUAGGAUAUGGAGGAGGCUCUUAAAUCAACGCAAUGAAUAUAUAUUUUAAUAAUAUUUAUAUACAUCAUUAAUAAUUA